AUGAACAAAGACGAAGAAAAAGGAAUCGAGAUCUCCCCUCUCGUCAGCAAGGACUCCAAGCCAUCCGCCGUGUUGGAUAAAUUGAGUGGCGAAAAACAGGACAUUAAAGAUGCCGCCUUUUGGCUCUUCAUGCUCUUUCUGGCAUCGGUUACCAUGACGGUCGGAAACAAGUAUGUCAUGAGGAAUUGGGCAUUUGCCAAUACAUUGACUCUUAUGCAAAAUGGUACGGCCGUGCUCUAUUUGGGUAUCGGAAAUUAUGCCGGCAUGAUGGAAAUGAAACCCUUUGCCUUGCAGCAGUGGAAGGUCUUUGCCGUCAGUUCCUUUUUUUUGGCCAUGCAGAUUCUGACAUCCCUCAAGGCAUUGCCCUUUGUGGCCAUUGCCACCGUUGUGGCGUUUCGUAAUACCUGUACCGUGGUCAUUGCCGUUAUUGACUAUUUUGUCUUCGGAAACAAGUUCAAUCAAAACCAAGUUCUUUCUCUUGCUCUGACCACCGCCGGAAUGAUUCUCUAUGCCCUUCAAGACAUUAAUUACGAUGCGAUGGGAUACCUAUGGUUGGUCGGAAAUAGUGUUGCCACCAUUAUCAACACCUUCUGGAAUAAAUUCUACAUUACUCACUACACCAAGGAACUCAAGAUUCAGACAUCCUACGGUGUCAGUUUUAUUCAACAAGUUGAGACCUUGCCCAUUGUGGGAUUCUUGGCCAUUAUGAACAACGAAUCAGCUGCCUUUGGGGAAAUGGGACCUCUGACCAUGGCGGCAAAGAGCAUGAUUUUUGCCACCUGUCUGGGUGGAGUUUUGAUUGGUAUUGCCUACCCCAAGUGCUUCAGUUUGGUUUCCGGCACUUCUGUGGUUGUGGCAUCGACUGCCAACAAGGCUGUCUCCAUUUUGAUUGGCAUGUGGCUGUUUGGUACUCAACUCUCCUUCCUCCAAAUCGUCGGUUUGCUCAUUUGCAUUGCCGGUUCCUUGUGGUAUGCACUGGAGGGAAAGAGGAAGUAA